AUGGCGUCUCCGUUGCAGUUUGCCUACCGAACUCAGAAGGGCAUCGGCAUCACUGAUGCCGCCCCCGCCUACGAACCGCUUCCUGGGUUCACCAAGCCCGAAGGGAACCUCCGGUGUUGUGCUUACUCUGGCUGUGGUCGCUACUUCGCAUGGGCCGAUCCGCAGUCCGUGACCGUUGUCAGCGCCUCCGACGGCCAGGUCAUCGUGACCAUCCCCAUCCUCAACGUCUAUGAGCUGGGCUUCUCACCACUUGGCACUUUCCUCGUCACUUGGGAGCGCCCUGGGAAGGACGAGAACGGCGACGCUACCAAGAACCUCAAGAUCUGGCGCACCGUCGAGGAAGGCGUCCAGGGCCCCGACAAGCAGCCACUGGGCUGCUACGUUCAGAAGGCGGCAGGAGGUUGGAACAUCCAAUACACUGCCGACGAGAAGUUUUGCGCCCGGGUUGUCACCAACGAGGUCCAAUUUUACGAAAGCCAUGAUCUCCGCACCGUGUGGAACAAGCUCUGCAUCGAGGGCGUGGCGGACUUUGCGCUCUCCCCCGGUCAGACGCACUCUGUUGCCGUCUUUAUCCCUGAACGUAAAGGACAACCCGCUGCUGUCAAGGUGUACCACGUACCUCAGUUCACCCGUCCCGUUUCGCAAAAGACCUUUUUCAAGGGCGACAAGGUGCAGCUCAAGUGGAACCAGAAGGGCACUGCUCUUCUCGUCCUCGCGCAGACGGACGUGGACAAGACCAACAAGAGCUACUACGGCGAGACGACGCUGUACCUGCUGGGCGUAGAUGGCAGCCUCGAUGCGCGCAUCAGCCUCGACAAGGAGGGGCCGAUUCACGACGUCACAUGGUCUCCCAACUCGAAAGAGUUCGGCGUGGUGUACGGAUACACGCCGGCGAAGACGACCAUCUUCAACCAGCGGGCGGUGGCGACGCAUUCGUUCCCGAUCGGGCCCCGCAACACGAUUAUUUUCUCUCCGACCGGUCGGUUCGCGCUGGUCGCUGGCUUCGGUAACCUGACGGGCCAGAUGGACAUAUAUGAUCUCGAAAAGGACUUCCGCAAGGUCUGCACCAUCGAGGGCGGCAACCCGAGUCUCUGCACAUGGAGCCCCGACAGCCGCUACAUCAUGACGGCGACCACCUCCCCACGUCUGCGCGUGGACAACGGCGUAAAGCUGUGGCACGUAAGCGGCGCGCUCAUGUACGCCGAGGACAUGGUCGAGCUGUACAACGUUCUCUGGAGGCCUCUGGACCCUGCCACCGUGGCCGGGGGAGACGUGUUGAACCCCGUCCCUGCCCCUCACGCGUCGGCGACCAAGUAUCUGGGCUCGGUUAAGACGCCGAGCAAGCCCGCAGGCGCGUACCGGCCGCCCGGUGCGCGCGGUCUGGCGACACCGCUGCACUUCAAGCGGGAGGAUGAAGGCGGGGCGGCGCACGUGGUCGGGAACGGCAUCCCAUCCAUCGGCCUCAACGGCUUUGGGCGGGCGCGGCGCACGGUGCCUGGUGCGGAGCCAGGUCAGUCGGUACCCGGUGCGGUACCGGCCGUUCCGGGCGCCGAGCCUGUCGAGGGCAAUGAGAAUUUGUCCAAGACGGCACAGAAGAACAAGAAGAAGCGGAAUCGGAAGCCGAAGGACGGUGAAGGCAACAGGGAGGGCAGCGCGGCGGGUAAUGGUGGUAGUGGUGGUGCCUCGUUGGCGCCGCCGACGAACGGGCGCGAGCACGGAAACGGGUUCGGUAACAACAACGACAGGCGCAGCCCUGAGCGACGAGGCCAGGGCGGCAAUCAGAACGGCAACCACCGUGGCCACCGGAGCCAGUCUAGGAACCCGAGCGCGCGCCGUAACAGGAGCAACACGACGCGUGGGCAAAACGGAAAUGCGAAUGGCAACGCGGUACAGCCGACCUUGGCGCCUCCGGCGGCGGCGGCGGCGGCGGCGGCGACAGGAGCCGAGAGCGAGGCGGCCAGCAAUGGCGCGGACAUGAGCCAAAAUCCUAACGCGAAGAAGGUUCGGAGUCUGCAGAAGAAGGUGCGGGCGAUUGAGGACCUGGAGAUGAGACUUGCUGGAGGCGAGAAAUUGGAGGAUACGCAGAUGAAGAAGAUUGCGACCAAGGCGUCAGUGUUGAAGGAGCUUGAGGUUCUGGAGUAA